AUGGCUCCCAUUCGCAUCCACGCAGUUGCGUAUAUCUCUGCCAAUAAUCACCCAGUGCUCAUCAGGUCAUUUAUCGACAAUGGGAAUGCUCUCAAGUACCAUUAUAUCGCCCACACUGCCCUAGAUGUUAUAGAAGAGCGAGUGAACGAAGCGAAGCAUCCCUAUCUUGGCCUUCUGUAUUCAAUUGACGACGUCGCUGUCUAUGCCUAUAUGACGCCUCUCAACCUCAAGAUUGUUCUUGCUCUUGCUCUCGCAGACGCAGUGGUUCCCGAUAUCAAGGUCCACACGAUCUUCAAAGCCUUCCAUAUGGCUUACUAUCAUGCUGUAUCGAACCCAUUCCUUGACCUGGACCCAGCAAACCCUGUUCCACUCAACUCGCCCAAAUGGAAAUUUUUUACCCGACAAUUGGACGAGAUUUGUGCUGUCGUAGGAGCCGGAGUAUAGCGGUCUGAAUGGGCGUUCGUUGUAGCCCUCUACACCGUCGUCAGAGUUAUGGUGUCUAGUCCAGGCAAUGGAGCUCCCUUGGGAUUUCACUCUACGGCCUGCGACCCCCUUUCCAGGUUACGGAAGAACAGGGAGAAGCACCAACAACAGUGAUGCCCUUUAUUGACUCUCCUGUUUUGAGAUCACAACUUCAGAGACAGAUACGGGGCAGACAUUGAUAGUUUUCACUACAUACUCUUAUUUUCUUUCCGAGUUACCACAUGAAUGGAAGUUAGUUAUGUACAAAUAUCCUAU